CGGCCAUUAGCUUCAGAGCCCAAAACCCUCGCAACCAAGCUGAACCGCUUCUGUAAUCAACACCCAACUAUUUAUCUCCGCCUACAACCACCACCACCACCACCAGCAGCAACCACCAAUCGACGCCCAUCACAACCACACACGUCCUGUUCUGUUACUUGGUACCUUUUAAACUUGAGAAAAAACCAGCACCCAAAUGAAGAACAAGUGCACAUGUAGAUAUCAGUGAUUGAAGUAACCAAUCUUGAAAUGUCCCAUUUAUGGGUUCGAACGCUUUCGGCCCGAAAGAUCCACCGUCGCUUUAGUCUGCCUUUGAGGACCACUGCUCUUGUUGAAUGCCAAUCCAAUUUCUACAACACAACCCCCAAAUUUUGUAAAGACAGACUCUUCUUGUAUGCCAAUUCGUUCUGCAGUCAUGCUACAAUCAGACAUGGAUCGUUAUUCGAUGAUACUAUGAUAAAUGGCAUUGGAAUGAAACAUAUUGGUUCGAAUUACUGCAAAUUAAGCUCAUACUCGCGUCAUUUUACAUUUCAAAAUUCCGGUGGAUUUUGUACUUUGUCAGCCCCAGAUACUGAAAAUGCAGUAUCGGGUAUUUCUAGCAAUGAUGAAAGGGGUGAUGUUGAAGAAUUCAGUGUUGAUUCUGAUGAUAUUGUUGGUAACGAUGAACCAAAAGUAAAGGGUAUGGAUAAAAAGCCAGUUGAAUUUUCAGAAGUUGAUAUUGACUUACUUCCAACUUUACUUAUUAUGGGGCGCCCAAAUGUAGGCAAGUCAGCAUUGUUCAAUCGCUUAAUUGGCCGGAGGGAGGCUCUGGUGUACAACACUCCUACUGACCACGUGACGCGGGAUAUACGAGAAGGGGUUGCCAAAUUGGGUAAUUUGCUAUUUAAUGUAUUGGAUUCAGCUGGAUUAGAAGCGGAGGCAUCUUCUGGUUCUGUUCAAAACAGAACUGCAGAAAUGACAAGAAAUGUGCUAGCAAGGUCUCAGUUUGCCCUCUUCCUCAUAGAUGCAAGAGAUGGUCUGCAGCCCAAGGAUAUGGUUGUUGGAAAGUGGUUGCGCAAGCAUGCAUCUGGAAUCAAGACUAUUGUGGUGAUGAAUAAAUCUGAAUCACUUGAUGAUGGCGUUGGCUCUCUUGCUGCUGCUGUUGGUGAAGCUCAUAUGUUAGGAUUUGGAGAUCCUGUUCCUCUAUCUGCUGAGACUGGAUUGGGUAUGACAGAACUUUACGAAGCUCUUAAACCAUUGCUGGAGGACCACAUGCUCCAAAUCUUAAAUGAUGAACAUAAUCAAGACAGUAGCUCCUGUGAGGAUGAGGAAUCUAAGUUGCCAUUGCAGUUAGCGAUUGUAGGACGGCCCAAUGUCGGGAAGUCAACCUUGCUAAAUGCAUUGCUGCAAGAAGAUCGUGUUCUGGUGGGGCCAGAAGCUGGUUUGACUAGAGAUUCUAUUAGAGCAAAGUUUCAAUAUGAAGGGAGAACAAUAUUUAUGGUUGACACUGCUGGUUGGUUGGAGAGGUCAAAACAGGAGAAAGGACCAUCAUCCUUGAGUGUUGUGCAAUCAAGAAAAAACCUUAUGAGGGCUCAUGUAGUUGUUUUAGUCCUUGAUGCUGAAGAGAUUGCAAAAGAGCAGAGGAGUAUGAAGCAUGCUGAAGUAGUAAUAGCAAGACGAGCAGUGGAAGAAGGGCGUGGUUUGGUUGUGGUUGUAAACAAGAUGGAUCUUCUAAAAGGGAAACGGAAUUCUAGGUUAUAUGAGAAUGUCAUCAAAGCUGUUCCUGAGGAAAUUCAAACAAUUAUACCCCAGGUGACGGGAAUACCAGUUGUAUUUGUUUCAGCACUGGAGGGAAGGGGCCGGGGAGCUGUGAUGCGUCAGGCCAUUGAUACAUACGAGAAAUGGUGUUUAAGGUUGCCUACAGCUCGUCUUAACCGUUGGUUGCGCAAGGUUAUGAGUAGACAUUCUUGGAAGGAUCAGGCUGCCCAACCUAAGGUCAAGUACUUCACCCAGGUGAAGGCCCGGCCACCUACUUUCAUUGCCUUCGUGAGUGGGAAGACGAAGCUCUCUGAAACGGACCUGAGGUUCUUAACGAAGUCCUUGAAGGAAGACUUUAAUUUGGGCGGGAUUCCUGUCCGGAUUAUGCAGCGUUCUGCUUUAAAAAAGGCCGAGGGUAGCAGCAGCAAUAGCAAGAACAGCCAAUAUGGUGGGAAAAUUGCUGAAAGAGUAGUGUCUGACAAGAGAAUUGUUGAGUCUAUUGUUGCAAAAGAAGACUUAACAUUUUGAACUCAAAAGGAUGCCUAUGAUUAUUUAUCUUUUGAUGUAUUUUCUGUACACAGAUGUUGAGAUUGAGCACUAGGUACAAGUAUAGUGCUUCCUACAUUAACAAUGUAUUUGAGCUUUGUGAAGCUCAUCUUCUGGAGAAAUGUAUAUGCGUAGAGAUAAAAAGUGAUAAUGGUUAUAUACAUGUUUUUCCUUUAAA